AUCUGUCGCUUAUUGAAUUUUACUUAUUUAUUCAAGCUAGAUGAAUAGGGGAACUUUCAGUCUUUUUGUAAAUCGUCAUCACAAUCAUUUUGAACUAUAGUAUUAUUGGAACAGUUGACCUCAAAAGUCGAUUGUUGCCAGAUUUGAAAUGUGGAUGUGUUUCUGUCUGACUCGUAACUUUUUGAUAUGAUUCUGAAGCCUGUAAUGUUGAUCACCGUUUUCAUCUUGAACAUACUUCUACGAACGGUUCACAGUUUUGCCUACAGCCAAAUAGAAGGUGUUACCGUCCUGCAUCCCGAAGAUUUCGACAACAAAACAUCGGAAGGAAUCUGGCUCGUGAUUUUCUAUCGCAAGACUUGUGGACAUUGUAUAAGCUACUCUAAACCUUUUUCCCAAUUCUGCCGCUCUGUAAAAAAUUGGAAUUGGGCACUUCAUCUCGGAUCUGUGGAUUGUGAAGAUGAAAUUAAUAUGGAUUUAUGUUAUCGUUUCAAAGUACAAGGAGUUCCCACUCUUAGGUUCCUAUUCACGAAAAAUAGUAAAAAAACGUCCGAAGAAAUUCCAGCUGAGUGGAACGUGACAUUACUGCGGAAAAGCAUUGCCUCUAAGUUAGUAAAUGUCUCUGCUCUUCAACUCCCAAGGGACUUAGCAGUUAAUGAUCCAAUAAUUGUUACAGGAAGUGAUAUCGAAGUAAACGCUCUGCUGUUACUGGAUUAUAGUCUCCUUCUAAAACGAGAGAUCCAAAGCGUAGUAAAAUCAGGCUUAAAGGAAAUCGAUGUCACGAAUCGUCUUUCUGGUGAAGUAAUUGUCAAGGGUCCUGAGGAACAGGUUAGGAUGGUACUUGAACGGAUCGCAGGCAGUGAACCAAGGUUGGAAGAAAACAGUCAGCCAGAAAUAGAUGUUAAAACGACACCAAUCCAAGUUAAAUAUCCACCGGUUUACGCGGUUGAUGUCUAUCGGUCACUAAGUAUGCUACUACAGUCUGAUGUUGGUGCACGUGAUAAAAUUGAGGGACCGGCCUUAGAAGCUCUUAAAGAAUUUUUGAACAUGUUACAUGAGAUUCUUCCGGCUUCUCAAGAAUAUAAAGCUCACCUGUCUCAAAUUUCCGCUUGGUUAAAUUCUAAAACAAGUAUUACGGGUCAAGAAUGGGUUGCGUAUCUUGAAGGAAUACAAUUCCCUACAUAUAAAGGACCAUUUAUUGCGUGUAAUGGAAGCAAACCACAUUUUCGAGGAUAUCCAUGCGGUUUAUGGACUUUAUUUCAUGCAUUAACGGUAGAGCAAUACCUGUUAUCAUCUUCCGGUCCAGACCAUCAAGUAGAUUCAGUCGCUCAUGCUUUAAAUCGUUUCGUCCCUCAGUUCUUUUCAUGCUCAUACUGUGCAUUUCAUUUUGCAUUGAAUACAGCAAACGUAGUAAGACCAGGGGAAUCUCUCUUACCGGAAAAUCGUGUCACUCCUAAUCCACACGAAUUAGUGCUUAAUGAAUCAGUUAUUCCUACUUUACCUAAAGCUCCAGAGACUCCUAGAGAUACUGUAUUAUGGUUGAAUAUAUUACAUAAUCGUGUAAAUAAACAUUUAGCUGGUCAACCAUCAGAAGAUCCAACUGCACCUAAAAUUCAAUUCCCACCGUCUUAUUUAUGUCCUGCCUGUUGGUCACAGAGUUCAACAGGUGAAUUGGAAUUAGGUAAAACUCCAGAGACCGAGGAAUCAUUGUUUCAAUUUCUUGUUGAGCGAUAUCGUGCAUCAUCUUGGAAGUAUGUGGAUUUACCUACAGUAUUCAUAACUAAUGCUGUGGAGUUGAAAACUGAACAACCAGUUCCCGAUCUGUUAAUAAUAUCCAUUAUUUCUGUUGUACUUACAAUAUUAGCAGCUGUCAUUUUACUUGCUGGUUUACGUUUCCUAUGUCGUCGCCGUAGAUUGUUCCGUCGAAGACGAGGACAGUAUACAGGUGGACAGUCAGUCUAAGUUUAAUUUAUACUACCAAACGAAAAAAUUAACAAUGGUAAUUCUUGAAGAUUUAUUUUCUGUGAAUAAUUAAUAAAUAAAAACUUUGAUCCAACUGUUUUUCAAAGUAAUUUUUACUACUUUCUCCUUUCAAAUAAUUUGCUCUUUUAUAGACAUCAAACUGACUUUGAUGAACAAUUAUUUUUUUCCAUUGCUUAUUAAUUAUUUUUAUCAUUCUAUUCUUAUUUCUUACAGUUUUUUUUGUCUAUUCUGAUUUGCUUUUAAAUAUUAUGACACUCUACUUUGGUAGUUUGCUAUUCUCCACCUCUUUCUCCUAUAUAUAGAAUAAACUGCGUAUCAAUAAGUAAACAAUAGAGACCAUCAGUUUGUAUCACUACUACUGUUGUUGUUUUCGGUGAUUGCAUUCUCAUAAAUACCUUCAAAGGAUUAUAUUUGAACGCUGUUUUCUUUAGACAAAUACAUGUAUUCCUUUAUUUUUAAGGUUUUGCUUGGUGUAUCUUUUUUUUGAAAGUUUAUCAGCCUGUUGCAUUUUGUUUUAAUGUACUAUAUUUUUACGUGGUAUUUUUGCUUUUUUUUAAUAUCACAUUAACGUCUUCCAUAAUGUACUUGGUUUGUGUGUAUGUAGUGUUGGAUUUUUGUACAACUUCAGUUCAUCAAUCAUUUGUUCUAUCUUGAUACUUUAUCCAGUUUAAUUUAAUCAAUAAAACAAUGUUUUAUGAGUUAACAU